GCUAAUGAUCGGGAUCCUUCAAAAGUUAAGGAAAAACUUCGUAGGUAUAUCCCGAAACAUGUAUCAAAUGUACGAAGUUCCAAACUAAUAGAAAUGAUAAACAAGUAUGAGAGAGGUUUUCCGAGUCCGAGGUAUGAGAUUAUUGUGAAGCAUAGAGAGCCAAACACAACUAUU